AUGCCAAGAAAUCGGCUCGAGCAACUCUAUGAAGAUGAAUUCGAUGGAUUCAUUGAGUUUGAAGACGAGGAUCAAAAACUAGAAAUGCUUCGAGAAGAACAGGCAUUACUAGAGUUUGACGACGAUGAAAUUGAGGAAGGAGCGACUCAAAAGCGACCACUUGCAAAACAUAACAAGAAAAGACAAUCAGGAGUCUCAUCAUCAACAACCACAUCAACAACCAUCUCCAACACACAACAGAACAACAAGGGAAGAAAAAAGAAGCAAAAACAGGGCGGUGAGGAUGAAGAAUCCUCAUCGGGACCAAAACUUCCUCUCAAAUACCGAAGAAUUGCCAAAUAUACAGACAAACAAAUUGGUUUUCAUGUAUUGCAUCAAUCCUUGAGUGAGAAUAACGAAUUUAAUGAACUUGCACUCACCUCUCUGACUCCUUCCAAUGAAAAGACUAUUCUCUUAAGACGUCUCAAUAUUUAUUUAGAUACUCUUCAUGAUUGGUGUAGAACCAUCUUUCCUGAUUUAUCGUUUGAUGAGGCUCUUGCUUUUAUGGAAUCUCAAUCAUUCAGUAAUCGUGUACAUCAAUCUAUGGAGUGGGGACGAUCGACAUUUAGUUCUCGUUAUCAGAAAGCCGUACAAGCAAAAGAACAACGAAAGAGAAAAAGAACGACCAAGUCAUCUACGGUGAAAUCUUCUUCCACGAAGAAUUCGAUUUUGGAUGAAAUGGAUGAGGAAGCAAGUGGACAACAUCAUGGACAGGAAGAAGAGGAGGAGGAACAGGAGCAGCCAUUCGAGAAUGACCUCCAUGAAGAUUUGCAAUCAAACAAGCAAGAUCGUCAUGAAGUGACUGAAGAUGACGACAAUGAAAUGCACGACAACAAGGAGAUUGGUGGCAACGAUACCACUUCGACUUGGUCCCCUUACAAGUCACAACCUUACUCGAAAGAAGAUGGAGAAGAAGAAUUUCGAUUUGAGGACUACAACAAUGAUGACGAGGAAGAAGACGAAGAAGACGAAAAAAAAGACGAAGAAGAACCAUCUCCAAAAAAGAAGAAACCAUCUCCUCAUGAUGACAAUGAAGAAGAAGAGACACUAGCCUCUGACCCACAUCAUCAAGACCCACACUCAGAACAAGUUACAGUUACCACAACAAGGAAAAAGAGAAAGCAUUCGAGAAAAUCAGCUGCAGAAAUCUUUCUUGGGGAUUUAUUACCUUCAAAUCGUGUGGAGGCAGCAAAUGAAUCUUCAGAGCCCAAUGCAUCAUUUUCUCAAUCUCUCAUUCCUUCAAGUCGUCAUGACCAUGAGAACGAGGUCACUCCUCUCGAAGAAAGUUUGGAAAUCUAA